AUGGAUCUGGACACAGAGAAUCGUCUAGCUUCAUUACUCCUUGAAGAAGCACGGAGAUUACAGUUAGGGGCUGACAGGGAAGGUGUUCAUGCAUAUCUGCGAAAGCCCAAUGUUAGGCAUCGUCCAAACUCCCGUUUCCUCACAGCCACAGUUCGUGGAGUUCAACAAGAUGGCCUGAAGGCUACGUCGCCGAGCUGGAAUGCCAUCCUGUCGCCCAGCAAGACCAAGCUCAGCAGCCUCCGAGUCUCCAAUGGAAGUAACGAUGACUCUCACGCCCACGGAUGUCUGCUGUUUUCCUGCCCCACAGAACAUGACACCAGCAUACGUAUGCCAGACAAAAGCACAUUUAAUACCGCUCAGUAUUUCCCAGCAAACCGUGUUGUGGAGGUUGAUGAAAUGUGGCGUGCCAGGGAGAAGGAACUUGAACUUGAGUCUAAGCUGAAAAGAAGAAAUAAAGAGCGUGGUGACUCUAGAGGGGAGAAACGCAAAGAUGACUCGAGAAAUAUGAGUUCCAACUCAAAGAUUGAAGAAGAAACCACUUAUAAUAGUUCUUACUCAGACCAGGAUGAUGGUCUAGGGGAUGAUGAAAUUGAAAAGUUUCUGCAUUCAAGGGUAAAGCGAGGAAGAGGUGCCGUUGGCUCUAGGAUGGAUGAACCUGGUCCAUACCUAAAGGCUUCAUCACAUUGUCGAGACGAAGAACCUAGCCCGGAUAUACGUUUGGAAGAAAAAUGGGAACGGCGAGUACAAGGUCCGGAGAGGCCACUGUUUUUGAGAUCCAAGUCUCCUGAUGAUUGCUGGCAUAAGGAAACAUUGGACGAUAAGCCAUCCAGCUCUUCUGAACCACGCAGAAAAAAGGAAAAUAAGAAGGAGAGGAAAUCAGAGAAAAAAGAGAGAAAGGAGAGAAAAGAUAAGAAGAAAUCUAAGCAUCGGCACCGCCACCACCAUCACAAAAGCCGAAGAAGGGAGUGA